AGAAAAUGAAUUUACGAACAAGUUAAUAUGAUAACGCUUUACGUUUACUAUCAAAUUGAAAAUACAAUCUACAGUGCCAGGAGUCUCAUGAGAGAAUAAAAGAGAAAAAGAGAGAGACAGGAUCUUCGAUUCCGGAUAGAAAGAGAUAGAGAGAGGGAGAGAGGAAUACCGAGAAAGAAGAAUUCGGUGAACGGAUCUCGUUUGGUUGUCCUUCAACGAACAAAGUUCUCCGGUUCCUGAUUCGAAGUCAUCGUGUACACGACUUCUUCUUGUCCAGACAACGUAUAUAAGUCAAAUCCAGAUCAGAAGUAAGGUGCAUAAUCCAAACAGUCCUUCGUCGAAGAAGGAGGUUUCCAAAAGUGAAGUUGAAAUUUGUAACAUGAUGCAGCAAUCAUUGCUGGUAGUAAUACUUAUGGUGAUCUUGAGUACGGUGACGUGCUCACAGUUGACUCUGGUGCCGUACGCCUAUCUUGCGGAUCCACUUCCGGUGUACCAUCAGUCUCAGAACACGAGAACCGGGGAACACGCGUACAGUUAUUCAGGUGGACCCUCGGCAAAGGAAGAAGUCAAAGGUCCUGAUGGAGUCACGAGGGGAUCUUAUAGCUACGUGGAUGCUCACGGAAUCUUGCAAUCGGUUUUUUAUGUUGCCGAUAAGGGUGGCUUCCGUGUUGCAGCAACGAAUCUACCAACUGAUACAGAUCUGCCAAUUGAAACGGCUGAUAUUAUUUUAGCUAAACGAGCGCUUUUCGAGGAACAGGCCAAAGCCAAAUCCUCAUCGUCAUCGUCAUCGUCAUCGUCAUCGUCAUCGUCAUCGGAUGAGGAAAAACAAUCAACGAUGGUGACACGUAGAAAACGUAGUACGGAAGAGGAAAAUGAUUCGAAUAAAAAAGAAGAUGAUUUAAAUAAUAAGAAAGAAGAUAAUUCAAAUAAGAAACAAGAUGAUUCUACAUUGGAUGGUAAACCUUAUGGAGCAUUGGCAAAUAUUUUAUUACCAGGAUCGAUACCAACAGCUACUUCUCAUCAAAGUCGCCUACAGAUUCAUCAGAAUAUUCGCACAGAAGGUAUUGAAACGAUUCCCAACACGGUUACCACCGUUAAAGCUGCUGCCGCUGUACCGGUUUUACCUCUUCUGACCAAUCCAAUUCAAUUGAAGACUAUUGAUGUGAUCAAAUCUCCUGUAGCCGUUCUGGUACCUAAGGAUUAUCAUCAGAAUCGUAUUCAGAUCCAUAGAAAUCUUGGAUUGGAAGGAGAACAGCAUAACAAGGAUGCGGUCAAGAUUGAAACGGUUCAACAACAACAACUACCACUACUCUCUUCCGAUCCGGUUGUUAUCCUGGACCAACAAUCUUUUUAUCCUUCAUAUACUUCUUCCGUUUUCACUGAACUUCCUAUUAAAACUAUCACUCGUACUCAUUUAAAUGGCAGCAUUCAAAUUCCUAGUCUAUUAGAAUUGCCUACUACGUUUUAUCAUGCUAUUCGUUUAGCUAGAUCAUCGCAGAAUGAUUCUCAAUUAAAUAAUCAAAAUGAUUCAGACGAACCUAUCAAAUUGUAGAA